AUGGAUGACGUCGGCAUGAUGGUGAUUGUCGUGGGCGAUGCCAGCGACUGUGGGGACGAAACCUCGGCUGUUCAUGAAGCGAACAAGAUCAAGCUGAUUGUGUCUGAGGUUGUUGUCGUCUCAGUUGGUGCCGCUAACCGGACAUUCCUUGACCGCCUGGCGUCAAAACCUGACAACGUCUUGACCAUCUCUAGUGACCUUGAACUAAUGGAUAAUGGCACUCAACAAAUUAAACAGAUCACGUGCCGCAUUGGUACUGUCAUUGUUUUAUAUUUUCUUAUUUGUGUUACGGAAAAAGCAAGAAGUCAGCUCUUCUGCCAAGUUCUGUCGGCGCAAUAUAUUUGUGGAGGUACAGACACCGCCGCUGCCCUUACUGAGGCCAGACUUAAAGCCUUCAAUGUGGGAGCGAGGCUCUACAGCAAGAAGAUCGCCAUUGUCGUCAAUGAUGGUGAGUCCAAAAACACAGCUGAGACAGAGCAGGCGGCUGCGGCUCUGAAGGGUACCGGUGUCCGUGUGAUCGCUAUAGGUGUGGGCAGCGCCAACCAGGCAGAACUGAGGGCCAUAGCAACCACACCUGACGACGUCUACUAUGUGGACACGUUUGACGUGUUGAAGACCAUCUAUGAGAGAAUCGCAGAACUUACACAGGCGAGACGUUGAAGAUCAACAGAAGGCAUCAACAUAAAACUAAUGAAGGGGAAACAACUAGAACUAGCUUUUGACAUUUUCUACUCGGUUACAACACCUUAAUCUUCAACACAAAAGUGAACAUAAAACGUCUAGAAUCAUAUACUUAAGUCAGUGUCUAUAGCGCAGUCAUCUGAAAAUUAUACUGUCCAAGAUUUGUUUAAUGAAUUAAAUUUUAUUAGUUCUCAUAUUUUAAAGAAGAUUUUACUAAAUGCACAGACAUGUA